AUGUCUUCCACCAACAGUGAAUGGAGACCAAAGAAGGCCAGACCUCAGUCAACCAUGGCCCAGAACUUCUCCGCCGCCCUAGACGAGAUGUUCAAACUCGAUGGCAUUGGCGCUCUUGAGUUGUCUCUCAAUCAGAAGUACGACUUCUCCCGUCUGCCCAAAGCAUACGAGCUAGGACACGAAGUCGACACCAAGAAAUACCAAUUAGAUGCGCUCGAGGCUCAACUUCGGGCAACAGAGCAGCGACUCAGGGAAGCAGAGACAAAGCACCGACGACGAAGCCAGAUGUGGGCGAGCCAAAGGUCGCCCAUGCAAGAAACAUUCUCAGAAACCGACGAGAGCGGCGAUAGCGAUGGGCAGGGCCGAUCAUCGCCUACAAAUACUGGUGGUAGCCGUCAGUAG